AUGGGCGACGAAAGCCAUCCUAAAACUCUCUACGUCGGUAAUUUGGACGCGAGUGUUACAGAAGUAUUCAUAUGUACGUUGUUCGGUCAAAUAGGCGAAGUAAAAGGUUGUAAGAUAAUCCGCGAACCCGGCAACGAUCCGUAUGCUUUCCUCGAGUUUACAAGUCACACGGCGGCAGCUACAGCUCUGGCCGCCAUGAACAAGCGAGUGGUCCUCGACAAGGAAAUGAAGGUUAACUGGGCUACGAGUCCUGGCAAUCAGCCGAAGACUGAUACCAGCAACCAUCAUCACAUAUUUGUAGGAGAUUUAUCACCGGAAAUUGAAACGCACAUAUUGCGAGAUGCAUUUGCUCCGUUUGGUGAAAUCUCGAAUUGUCGGAUAGUCCGCGACCCACAAACGCUCAAAUCUAAAGGGUAUGCUUUCGUUUCUUUCGUUAAGAAGGCUGAUGCAGAAGCCGCUAUUCAAGCUAUGAAUGGGCAAUGGUUAGGUUCCCGGUCCAUACGUACGAACUGGUCGACGCGUAAACCUCCAUCUAAGCCUAAUGAAGGUGCACCGAGCAGCAAGCGAGCAAAACAGCCAACGUUUGAUGAGGUAUACAAUCAGAGCUCACCGACAAACACAACAGUGUACUGCGGCGGGUUCACUAGCAAUGUUAUUACUGAAGAUUUGAUGCAGAACACAUUCUCACAGUUUGGCCAGAUACAGGAUGUAAGAGUGUUCAGGGAUAAAGGUUAUGCCUUCAUUAGGUUUACAACUAAAGAAGCGGCAGCACAUGCCAUUGAAGCAACACACAACACAGAAAUUAGUGGGCACAUAGUCAAAUGUUUCUGGGGGAAAGAGAACGGAGGAGGCGAUAACCAGAGCACGAACAACGCGACAGCAGCGCCGCCCGCUAUGGGAGCGCAAACGCAGUACCCGUAUCCAUAUCAGCAAGGCAUGGGAUACUGGUAUGCUCAGGGCUAUCCGGCGUUACAAGGGUACAUGGCGCCCGGGUACUACCAGCAGUACGCCACCGCCUACAGUAACCCGCAAGCUGCAGCGGCAGCAGGGUACCGCAUGAGCAUGCCGGGCGGCGGCGGCGCGGGCGCGGGCGGCGGGUGGGGCGGGGGCCCGGCGCCGCUGAUGUACGCGUCGCCCAUGCCGUCGGCGCAGUAUCCGUCGCAGUAG